AUGGAUAUCCUCUAUCCCAGCCUCAAGGUCGGAGCUGCAGCUGGUGGCGUGGGCUUGUUUGUUGGUGCCGUUGGCGGCAUCAUGCGCAACACAACUCCAGUUCUCUUCAGUCUCUUCUCCGGGUUCCAAUGGUUUACCCUCGGAUCAAGCUACACAGCGUCCAAGAAAAUUGUGACUACGGCUUGGGGGGGCGAAGAGAACAUGACCUCGUCGGACAUGGUCAAGGCAAGCACCAUUGCUGGCGGCUCUGCAGGGCUGGUCGGCGGGCUAAUCCGCGGGCCGAAGAACCUCGUGCCAGGAGCAAUCGUGUUUUCCCUGCUCGGCGCUGGAGGGCAGUACGCUUACAAUGCCUACGCUCGCACCGCUGAGAGCCGGGCAGAGCAGAGGAAGAAUAAGAAGAGCUGGCUCGAUUCGAAAUGGAGUCCACUCACUCCGCUCACUGACAAGCAGUAUGAAUCACUCCUAGAGGAGAAGAUUUUAAGAAUCGAUGCAGAGAUUGCCAUCAUCGACGACAACAUCGCGGCAAUUAAGGCGGCGGAAGGGAAGAAACAGGAGAACAAAGAGCCGAGCACGGGCGCACCUCCGAAGAGUAAGGCUUAA